AUGGCAACACCGUCGGCGGAUCAUGUUGAGUCUCAGCGCUCCCAGACUGGAAUGUCAAUCUCGCUUCGAGCAACAUUGACUCUCUUAUACUAUCUCUUGUGCCUUCACAUCCUCCAUGGCAUUUCUCUCGUCCUUCAGCCCUUCAAGUCCAAGGAUGCCGACUCGUUUCCUCUUGAGGAACCCAUCAAAUGCAAGGAAGCACAAGUCCUCACGGUCAUCACCGAGAUUGCGCCUCAUCGGAUCUACCGCUCCCCGGUGCCGAGCAGUGUAUUCACGUAUGAAUACAUGACCGCGCACAGAGUCACCGCAGGACAUGUUCCUCCUCCACAUGCUGGUUUCGACGGACACUACGAUUCCGGGUCCAUCCCGACACGGAUCACCAGGCCAUCGCCUGCCUAUCACAAUACAUCUACCCGAAGCAGUGUACCCGGCAUUUUGAUCACACCAGAGAGUCCGAUCCGAUUCAACACCCGUGGCAUCGAACCCGCUCGAAGCCCCUUGAGAUCAGAUACAUUUGUGCCGUAUGAGGCGGCUGGUUCGAGCGUGAAGUUCAACAGCUGGAAAAGUCAGCACGUCCUCUUCGCUGACCCAGUGGUCAACGAGAGACAAAGCCGCCAAGAGGCCAACGACUCGCGAGCCCCUGAUCUGGCCACAUACCACCUCAGCCAUGUCCAUUCGCCCACACAGCUGAGGCUCAUGUCUGUCGCCAGCUCAGCAGAGGAUCUCGAGGGUCCUUUCAACGUCAAGCCCCGGGUUUCUUCCAAUACCAGCGACAAAUCUCUCGCACUGAGUCUUGUCCCCCGUCGUCCGAUGAUGGCUCGCUCGGCCGAGAGCUUUCCUGGCCAAUUCCCUGUCAGUGAAGGCUUGAAGCCCGGAUCCCUGGCUACCGAUCCUUCAGCCUUUCGCGAGAGAGGGACUAUGCACGCCAGACCCUUUUCAGAUUAUUAA